AGGCGUGUGGUACCCGUGGCGGCGCUCGAGCUGCCGGCCGCGCCCCGCUCCCCCUCGCGCCAGUGGGUGAUGCCGGGGGCUUUCCCGUCGGGCCCGCAGGUGCUUCCGGGACCGCCCGGCGAGGUGCGCCCCCAGGCGAGGUCGGCUCGCAGCUCCGGCCCGCGGCCGCUGUCCGCUGUCCCUCCGGGCCUGAGCCUGGGGGAGGAGGCAGGAUUUCCUCUCAGCCGCCUUUGAGGCGGCCGCCUCCCCGCCCUGCCGCGUUAGAUUUGCAUGACCAGAAACACUCCCGCGGAGAUGCAGUGGGUGUGUCCACACCUCGACGACACCUUUAUUUUAAAAGCUGUGAUGUUUGAAGUCCUUCAGGAGCAGUGUGAAGAAGAAGAGGCGAGAACACCCCCCGGACCGGCCAAAGCCUGCGUGCCGCCGCAUUCCCGCGUCGAGCGCUUAUGUCCCGCCGCCGUCGCCACCAUGUCCAAGAGAAAGGCCGAAGGGGAUGCUAAAGGAGAUAAAGCCAAGGUGAAGGAUGAGCCACAGAGAAGAUCUGCAAUGUUAUCUGCUAAACCUGCUCCUCCAAAGCCAGAGCCCAAGCCUAAAAAGGCCCCUGCAAAGAAGGGAAAGAAGGUACCCAAAGGGAAAAAGGGGAAAGCUGAUGCUGGCAAGGAUGGAAAUAACCCUGCAGAAAAUGGAGAUGCCAAAACAGACCAGGCACAGAAAGCUGAAGGUGCUGGAGAUGCCAAGUGAAGUGUGUGCAUUUUUGAUAACUGUGUACUUCUGGUGACUGUACAGUUUGAAAUACUAUUUUUAGUAUUAUAAAAAUGCAGAAUUUUGUUUUACUUUUUUUUUUUUAAGCUAUGUUGUUAGCACACGGAACAUUUCAUUGUUGUUUUGGGGGAAGGGCAUAUGUCACUAAUAAAAUAUCUCCGAAAGUAGAUUGAUAACAAGAGGGAAAAACACCUUCCCCUUCUAGUUUUGAGAAACUUCCUCUUGGCUCCCAGGAGGAGGGAUUCCUUGAUGUUGACACACAUGAGCCACCUUGGUGGUGUGGAAAAACUAAAAUUCAUUUUUUUAUGUCCUCUUCUCCCUCUCUACCUUCAACAUAGACUUGACUCCCUUAAACCCAGAGACCUGUUGGAACCUGACUCCAUGAAAUGGUUCCCAGUAUGUCAGGCAAUCUGGACUUUACAGUGUCACCACUGAGAAGGCGUCCCUCAAAAGAGUUCCUUUUUUUUAGCUUGUGGAUCUUCAGAUUAAUAAUUCUGCCAUUUUCAUUUCAUUUCCUGAAAGUCAGGGUCGGCUUGUGAAAAGUUGUUAAACAACAUGCUAAAUGUGAACUGUCAACCCUCACUCUAAACUUUCCCUGUUCAGAGCAUCACAUGAAGACUUCAUUGGGUUUUAUAGUGGCUUUCUGAUUUUGGUAGUCCAUUGAAGAAAGGAGUUUGAAAGUUGUUGUAUACUGUUAAUGAUCGUCUGCCCAUGUCCUGCCUGAAAUACCAUGAUUGUUUAUGAAAAGUAUCUUUAAUAAAGCUGGAUACAGUUUGGCUUGGAAAAAAAAAAAGUCCUUCAGAGAUUUGAUCAAAAUUGCAGUAAAUCUAUAUAUCAUUUUGGGGAGAGUUGAUGUUUUUACUAUGUUGAGCCUUCCAAUCCAACUGUCUCUCCAUUUAUUUAGGUCUUCUUUAAUUCCUUUUAUUAGCAUUUAGUUUUCAGUAUAUAGUCCUAUUCAUGUUUUCUUAGACUUAUAUGUAGAAAUUUGAAAAACUUUUAAGUGAUUUUUUUGUAUUUUUAUCUUGUAUACUGAGACCUUGCUGAACCCAUGUUGUAAUCCAAGAACUUCUCCACACAUCUGCAGUAGUGACAGUUUUAUUUCUUUCUUUCUAGUCUAAUUUGCCUUCUAUUUCCUUUCUUGCCUUAUUGAACUGGCUAUAACUUCCAACACUAUGUUGAAUAGUAGUGGUGAGACCAGACAUCCUUGCCUUGUUCCCAAUCUUAGGGGAAAAAAAUGUUUAGUUUCUCAUCAUUAAGUAUAAUGUUACCUGUAAGGUUUUUUUUUUUUUUUUGUAGAAGCUCUUAAUCAAAAGAAUAAGUUAUUGAUAAGAGAACAAGUUGAAAAGGUUUUUCCUCUAUCACUAUAUCUCUGUGAAUUUUUAAUCAUGAGUGCAUAUUAAAUUUUACCAAAUGUUUUUUUCUACACUGAUUAAUAUAAUCAUGUAGAUUUUCCUUCUUUAUGCAGUAGAUUAUAUUGAUUGAGUUUUGAGUAUUGUACCAAUC